AACUCCCCCUCCUCCCAUCGCAGGCCUGAGCCAUGCAGAAGGCGGGACUGCUGCUUGGUGGCUGUGUGCGGGCGUGGAAGUCCGCGAGGAUGGCCAGUUCCAAGGUGACCCGCCAGAACCCGCUCCAGAAUAAGGUGGCCCUCGUGACGGCCUCUACCGACGGGAUUGGCUUUGCCAUCGCCCGGCGUCUGGCCCAAGAUGGAGCCCACGUGGUUAUCAGCAGCCGAAAGCAGCAGAAUGUGGACCGUGCAGUGGCCACGCUGAAGGGGGAGGGGCUGAGUGUGACAGGCACCGUGUGCCACGUGGGGAAGGCCAAGGACAGGGAACGCCUGGUAGCCACGGCCGUGAACCUUCAUGGAGGUAUUGACAUCCUCAUCUCCAAUGCUGCUGUUAACCCUUUCAUUGGGAACCUAUUAGACACCACUGAGGAGGUGUGGGACAAGAUUCUGGACAUUAAUGUGAAGGCUGCAGCUCUGAUGACAAAGGCAGUAGUGCCAGAGAUGGAAAAAAGAGGAGGUGGGUCAGUGGUGUUUGUGGCUUCCAUAGCAGCCUUCGCUCCAGUUCCUGGCCUGGGCCCUUACAAUGUGAGUAAAACAGCCUUGCUGGGUCUUAACAAGAACCUGGCCCUUGAGCUGGCACCAAAGAACAUUAGAGUGAACUGCCUGGCACCGGGACUCAUCAAGACUAAUUUCAGCAGUGUGUUGUGGAUGGACAAAGCAAGAGAGGACAGCAUAAAAGAAAGCAUGCGUAUUAGCAGAAUAGGCAAACCAGAGGAGUGUGCAGGCAUCGUGGCUUUCCUAUGCUCUGAAGAUGCCAGCUAUAUCAAUGGGGAGACGGUGGUGGUAGCAGGAGGAACCCCAUCUCGCCUCUGAGGACCUAGAGACAGCUCACCACCCAGAGGUUGAUUCCAGUUCACCAAGGGAGGAAUAGUCCCAUCUCUGGCCUUCCCCAUCUCUGCCUAUUGCCCUGUUCACCCCAUAAAAAUCAGUUUUGCCUAUGCUAAGGUCCAACCUUCCCUGCUUCAAGGUAUGACUUGAUGAGGAUUUCCACUGUUGCCAUGGCCUUGGAGAGAAGCUUCCCCUGAAAACACAGCAAAUCUGCUGAAAAGGGUGUUUCUACCUCUGCCAAGAUCAAGUUUGUUGUUUUUUUUUUGGGUGGAGGGGGGUUGUUUUUGCGUUUGUUUGUUUUUUGUCCUGGAUCUCUGGGGAAAUUGAAGGGAACUGAGAAAGGAGUGGAAGGAGCAGGGUUGGAAAUUAACAAUUUGCAAAUGAAGUGCAAAUAAAAUGUAGGUGAUCACGGC